AUGGCCUCCUCACUCACCUCAUUUUUGCAAACCAGCAAUUUGCGGUCUGCUUUUUUGGGCGAGAGAAACGGAUUCUCUGUUUGUAGCGUAUCUGUAUCUCAAGUCAGGUUUUUGAAGAAGACAAUAGAGUGUAAGGAAUCACGAAUUGGAAAGCAGCCAAUUGAAGUACCAUCCAAUGUGACAAUCACUUUGGAAGGACAGGCUUUGGCAGUAAAGGGACCAUUGGGGCAGCUUUCACUAACGUACCCGCAAGAAGUGCUGGUUGAGGAGGAGGAUUCUGGGGCUCUAAGGGCCAGAAAGGCAGUAGAGACUAGUGUAAGAACAACCCAAGUUCAUAUGAGCAUGCUUUGCUAG